UGGGACUGGGACAACCUUAAUGGCCAAGUCAUGGCCAAGUCAAUGAAUGAAUGCUUCGUGGUCUCUUUCGAUGGCCAGACGCCGCACAGAACCUAAUAUGCGAAGAAGCCACCCAUGACAUUCCGGGAGUAGCCUGACGUGGCACAAGAGGACAAGCGGCGGUGUGUUUUCGUCUCGCAUCCAUGCGUGUGCGUGUGUGUGGGUACCGGGGUUGGUAUUCCUCGAGUGCAGAUCGCCAUCGAUGCGGCCCUUCACCUCACCACUCGUGUGACUUAUGAUCAGCUGCACAUUCAAGCGCACACACAACACCGAAACAUCACCAGCCAAGCCAGACACAAGUGUCCGUGUCUCUCUGAGUCUGACCGGUGUGCUUGGCUUGAGCCCCUUGUCGCAGUCCACAAAUGUGCCGUGCAGUGGGAUCCUUUGUCCCGUCGACCGAGGGGCAGGCGACUUGUCGGCCAACACGCGGGGGCCGAAAGGCGUCAGCGGCGCCGAACCGGGACGAGCUGCAGGACCAUAAGAGAAACACAGGUUGCGCUGAGGAGACGGUGUCUCGCUUCUUUUUACCGCAGUAGUGGGGUUUCAGGAAGCGUCUCGCCGCGUGUGUGGAGUGGUAGAGCUGCCCCAUCCCCGCACCACCAGUGUUCGGCUGAGCUCCCGCAAACACACUCGACAACAUUCGCUUCUCCACAGUGUUCUUCCAAUUCUGAACGAUCGCCACCCCAGUGACCGCACUCAGUCUGCGAACAUUGCUCUGUACGGGCAGCGUUUCUUUUGCACCUUGAGCGUGACGGUCCCCUGCCGGUAGCAGUCGCCCUGCGUCCCUUUGUACCGAUAGUGAUAGAAGGGGUACCUGACGUAAAACCACGACAUUCAGCCGCUUUCACCUGAGCAUGACCGACAUUGACUCACUCGGAGCGAUGGAAGUGGCCGUAGUCCGAGCCCAGGAAAGCAUGGGGAUUGAAGUGUCCCGAGCCGAAUCCCUCCUCUCCCCACUCAUAGGGCAGCGUGUCGUGGAUGGCAGGCUUCAGAACUGCUGUCACAGAGAUGGAGUCACAGAAAUGGGGCAUGCCGAGUGGACGUUGUGAUGACGUCAGGUGACUCACACUCUGGUUGGGUGGCGUUGAGGUCCAUAGCCUCUUGGUGGACAGCAGCAGUUGCACCAAGUGCAUUAUCCUCCGCAGCGGACGGCAUUGCGAAGACGAGGC